AAAUCUCCUGAUGGAUCGCCCGAGAUGAAGCCGAGGCCGAUCGUACGGCUAGGAAUGUUUCUCAUCUCUGACAGCCCUGUUUUCAGUGUGAUUUGCUCUGCUGCUGGCAUUUUGGCGCUGUUUCUGUUGCCGGUGUUGGCGAAGAACACUUACAUAUCCGAGAAUGCUCUAAUGCCAGGUUCUGCACGUUCAUUGCUCUCUAAUCGGGAUGUUUUAGAUGGGAGUGAAUUGGUGAUGAACGUAAAGGAUCUGAGGUUGAAGCGUGUUGAAGCCCACAGGCUCAUUGGAGAAUAUAUGUCGAACUUGGGUGCGCAAGUUUAUCAUCACAUGUUUUACCCUGAAAUGAAUGGAUUUCACCCGCUGAUGAACUCGAGUUCUUCUUCUCAUGGCCUCAAUGUUGCUGGGAUCAUAAGAGCCCCGCGCGGUGACGGGUCACCUGGCUUGCCAAAGACAUCAUAUGGCUUGUUGCUGAUUCUCGUUAUGGGGACUACAGAUCUGUUGAUGCGUGGUUGAGUGAAUACUACGCACCUUCGUUU